AUGUUCCUCAGAUUUGUCUGCGGGCGACACGCCAAACCCAUUGUAUCCUACCCGGUACGAACUAUUGUGUCAUCUCGUUCUGCUUCAGCUCGGAAGACCUGGGGUCUGGCCCGCAUCGGACUGACGACUGGGGCUGCACUGACGACUUCUGUUCUACUCGUGAAUGCUCUGAGCACCAUCCAUGCCGAUGCAGAACACCUCGAAUACAAGACGCAGUCGGAAAGACCAUCGACACCCCUGUCUGCGCUCUUGAGGUCAUAUGUGGUAUAUUCACUGUGUUCAAUUCCAGCCUUGGUCGACUGGUCGCCUGCAAUUCUGUCUACAGUCUCUGCAAUCCCAGGUCUGAAGCAGAUCACAGAGGCCAUCGUGCGCGUCACUUUCUUUGAUCAGUUUGUUGGCGGUGACACUGCUGAGGAUGCGGUGCCGCUUCUCGAGCAGUUGCGCGCUGAGAACAAAGGUUGUCUGUUCGCGUACAGUGUCGAAGUCGACGAGGGGGAGGCCGCGGGCAAGGCAAAGGGAUCAGUGAAGCAAUCUGUGCAUAAGCAGAUCGUUGCAGAAACCCUGCACUGCAUUGACGUGGCAGCCGACUUUGAGGACAAGCACUCGCUUGGUGGCGGGCGCGACCUGCGCGGGCGCAAGACGUGGGUAGCGAUCAAGCUGACCGCCAUGCUGCCUCACGCACAGACUCUCACCAAUUUCUCGAAAUUUCUUCUCUCGACACGUCCGUCCGUGUCUCCGCCCGUCCCCUUUCCCGGUCGACCCCUGGUUUCGGAUUUCGGUGUUCUGUCUGCAUACCCGGCAUCCGGUAGCCCGCUGACAGAGACGGAUGUUGCGGAUCUUCGCGAGCUGAGGGACGAUCUUCGCGCUAUUUGUCAAAGAGCGAAAGAACGCGGUGUCAGAAUUAUCAUCGAUGCGGAGCAUAGGUCGGUCGCCCCUGCAAUCGACGCGUUUGCCCUGUCGCUGCAGCACGAGUUCAACAAACUCCAGUCUCGUUCAUCAUCGUGGUUCCGCUCGUCUUCUAGUUCAGACACUUCCACGGUUCAGCCCCUCGUAUACCAGACUUACCAAGCAUACCUCCGUCGCACACCAGAAUACCUUCGCCAGAGCCUCGAGGCGGCACGUGCAGACGGUUAUUCGCUCGGCGUGAAGCUCGUACGGGGCGCGUACCACCCGCAUGAGCUCGAUUCGCACGCCGUGCGCGGGGCUCCGAACGCGCUGUCAAUCUCCCCUGAUCCCGCACCGCCAGUUUGGGCGACGAAGCCUGAGACAGAUGCGUGCUACAACACCUGCGCGGCGUUGGUGCUCGCGCAGAUUCGUGCGGACAUUGGCCGGUCGCGCACCGGCGCGACGCCUAGCGUGGGUGUGCUAUUCGGGACGCACAACUGGGAGAGCUGCGACAUGAUCCUGGAGCAGCUGCGCAUGCUCGGGAUGGCACGUGCCGAUGAGGAUGGUGCGCUGUGGAUGCCUGAAGAUGUUACGGAACGCGUUGCGAUCGGGCAACUGUACGGAAUGAGUGAUGCUCUGACCAACUCCCUUGUGGAUCGGACUCGAUGCACAUCACCGUUCGUUAUCAAGUACAUUCCGUAUGGGCGCCUUGCAGAGGUUAUGCCCUACCUCAGCAGACGUGCCAUCGAGAACAAGUCCGUGCUCGGGAAUGGUGGUGCUGCGGACGAACGCAAACGAGCCGGAAUGGAACUAUGGAAUCGCCUUUUCGGCUAA